CGCUCAGGUUGGAGUGCGGCUUCUUCCGGUUGCGGCUGUCAGGGCUCCUUUCUCCUCCCCUCCCCCGUUCCCUGAUCGCUGGCGAUGGCGAGCGGCGGCGGUGGUUCGGGUGUCCCGGCGACUGGGGAGGAGGAGGCGGUGCCCGGGCCCGGGCGCUGCGAGGUAGAAGCAGACGAGGACGAAGAAGAGGAGCAGGAGGUGUUAGCGCUGGCCGGCCGGCUGAGGCGACGCCUGAGGGGCUGGGAGGCGCCAGUAGCCGCCGUGCAGCAACUGCUGGUCUGGGAGAGGCCGCCGCAGAGCUUGGCCGGGGCCGUCGCUCUCGGAGCUGCGCUGUGGUUGUUUUCCUCUACUUCACUGCGUCCCCUGUUCCUCCUCAGCACUGCCCUUAUUGGCUUUCUUCUGUUGGAGAGAUGGAAGCCUCAUUUCCUGUUGGAUUUCUCAGCACAGCCUUUGGAGGAGCCUGGAGGAGACAGGUAUAGCGAGAUGGCAGGAGCACCACCUCAUUUGCUGAGUGUCCCAGAGCUCUGCCAUUGCCUAGCUGAGAGCUGGAUUACAUUCAGGUUGUACCUGCAGGAGCUGUUGCAGUACAAGAGACAAAACCCUGCCAAGUUCUGUGCCAGGGUCUGCUCAGGAUGCCUAAUCUUGGCUGUAGUAGGACACUAUGUCCCAGGAAUCAUGAUCUCUUACAUUGUCUUGCUCAGCAUCUUGUUAUGGCCCCUGGUGGUAUAUCAUGAGCUUAUUCAGAGAAUGUAUACCCGGUUGGAGCCCAUCCUGAUGAAACUGGACUACAGCAUGAAGGUGGAGACUUUACAUCUUAAACAUGAGAAGAAAAAGCGUCAGGGAAAGAAUGAGCCAGAAGCUGGCAAUGAGCCAAUGGCAGAGACAGAAAGUGAGAGUGAAGCUGAACUCUCUGGGUAUUCCCCGGUGGUAGAUGUGAAGAAGACGGCACUGGCACUGGCAAUUACAGACUCUGAGCUUUCAGAUGAGGAAGCCUCUAUCUUGGAGAGCGGAGGCUUCACUGUUUCCAGAGCAACCACACCACAACUGACAGAUGUGUCUGAAGAUCUGGAUCAACAGAGCCUGCCCAGUGAGCCAGAAGAGUCCUUCUCCAAAGACUUGGCAGAGUUCCCCUCUGUGGAAGAAUUCCAUUCCAGAGACUUGCAACCAUCCUGUGAGGAAGACAGCUUUGCAGUGCCUGCCCAAGCUGCCGGUCAGCUGGACUCUGCUGAGGAAGAAGCGGCAGCAGUUGGGACUUCGGACACAUCAAUCCUGUGCCUGGCCUCACCCCUGCACUUUGUAAAUACACAUUUCAAUGGAAAUGGGCAGGCAGUGGUGGGAGGAGCUCCUGAGCCCCAGACUGUGUCUGCACAGGGCCUGGGGCUACACAUUGAUUCACUGAGCCAAGAGAUAGUAACCACCGCCAUCAGUACAGUGGUGCAGAACACCUUGUCAGCUCUGCUCCGCUCCUCUGAGGACAGCGAGGGGCCUUCUCUUUCUGAGUUUCUGCCCACUGAGCCGGAGGAAAGACUGAACUUCCAGACACAGUUGUCUGAAAGUGAGGAGGUGGGGGCAGCCUCUCCGCCAGAGGAAGAGGAAGAAGCUGAUGACUUCGAGCUUCUUGAUCAGAGGGAGCUGGAGCAGAUGGAUGCAGAGCUCGGCCUUGCUGAAGAGGCAGGUGCUCCAGUGCAAUCCUCUUGCCCUCCCGAAGAGGAAUCCUCGUCCAGCCCCUAAAUUCUACUGCGCUCCUGGUUUUCUGAAGCUAGAAGGAUGGAUGGACAGACACCCGACAGAAUUUGAUCAGUGCUGAUCAGGGAUGGUGAACCAUCCACUUUCACAGUGUUAUGUCUGAAAUAGUGAGUCCUCCUCCUAAUCUUGGCCUUCCCAUCAGGGCACUAUGUCCAGCCCAAGCUUCCUAGUGAUGAUGCAGUCUUGGUCUGCUGCUGCAAUUGUCUUUGUCUGUUCGUCCUCCCCCCCCCCUGCACGCUGCAUUCUCAGCUAAUAUACCUGCUGCUCAUCCCUGCACACCUAGUAGGAAGUAAAGCAGUUUUUUGGAUAGAGAUGGGGCAGGAAGGCUUAAUGUAAAAAAAAACUUUGAAAAAUGUUUUUGUUGAACAGGGAUAGGGACUAGGUGGUGUGAGGAAAGAGAAACAGGUUUGGGAAGAGAUGUUUCUCAGAGUCAGAAACAUGGAAGAGGAGGGGACACAAGACUUUAAAGCUGGUGCCAUGUAGAGCACUGUUGAAGUUGAUGAAGGGGCACAACUGGGCUCCCCUCCCAUGCAAAGCAACAAACUGCUUCUGCAAACUCAAGCACUUAACUCCAGCUUCCCUUCUCAAUCAUUUUAUGCCCCAGCCUCAUUUCCUCUAUACAGUAAUUUGAUUAUGAGUCUGCUCCUGCUGCCCUAAGCUAUGAGCCAGGCUGGCAAAGUCUCUUGAUGCUCUUGGGAAAAUACAAAUUAAUUUGACCAGGAAGUGUACCCCCUUAGCUGCUGCACUUUAAUUGCAAAAUAGCCCUAUACUGUUUGUCACCUUUGUGUUAAUUUUUUUUUAAAGAACUGGCUGAGCCAGUCCUGCCGAGUGGCCAGAGCAGUUUUUCUUCUGGCUUUGUUCCAGCAAUCAGUCUAGCCUCAAGGAGAGGAGUGAAGCAGUUUGGAAAGAACUGUUAUGUUGGUAAAACUGGAAGGAACUUUGGUCUUCCUGCGUUCAGAGGAAACUCUACUUUGGUCUGUCCUGCUAGCUUCCUUUUCGAAACCCUAAGGGGGCUUCCUUUCAUUCAGGCUUUAAACUGGCAAAAGCCAAGCUCUUGCUAAUUAGAUUAGCAUACCCAUUGUGCUAUGGAGAAGAGGAGCUGGUAGGUGCACUGCCCCACUGGGCAGUGGGCAUUUACUGCCUCUUGUAAUGCUUGUUGAAGAGGGCUGCUGCUGCAGCUUUACAAUGUACAUUUUUAAACAUUGGAUUUUAAUAACUUUUCAAAGGUUGACUUUGAGUUGCAAAAUUAUUUUUUUUUAACUUGCAGAUGGAGAAUUCCCCCCUCCCCAGGUGUAUCUUAAUAGGUGCAGUGCAAAACCAAGAUCAGCCUCUGCCAGUGGUAUUUCCCACUGGGCAGACAUGGUUAUGCUCUCUGAAUCCUGUUUACCAGUUUUCCAGAGGGUGGCAGCACUGGGAAUUGGUUUAUCUUCGCCUGCUUUAAAGCAUUCACGAGUGACAUUGCAGAGCUGAUGUGAUCACUGGUGUUCUAUACAUUGGUGCAAAAGUGACCGCAGCUUUGGUUUAUGUAUGCAGGUCCUGAACUUGUGAUAGAUUGCCCUGCUGGCCUCUGCCUUUGACCUGCCCUUCCAGGAAUUUAUUCACCAAGGUGAAGGUACUCCCUGUAGGCAUGAGAACUGCCAAAACAAUUCCAGGCACAUUUGGGAGACUCCAGCUAUAGGCUUUCAUCUGUUUCAGGGAUGUGUUGAUUGCUGAGACAUUCAGUGUCUUUCCUCUUUGUAUGAGAUGGCUUCCAGUGCUUAGCUUUUUUGAUCACCGGGCAGUAUGUUUCUGGAAAUCUAUUAACAAGGAUGUUUUGUUCGCCAGUGUUCGUUCUCUGCUGUAUCUCCUGCCCUUUCCCCUUCAAAGGAUGGAAGGGAGUAGCUGUUAUAAACAGCUCUCUCUUAGUGUCUGCACUUUGGAAACAGGCAGCUUCAUAACACUGAGGAUGGAGCUUGCCUGUCUUUGUGAUGUGUCCUAAGCACAAAUUUCACAUAGUGCCCUCAAUAACCGGAAUCCCUAGCUUUCCCUUUCUGGUGCAGGAGGCAUGUUGUAUGUUGGUGUUUCUCACUGGAGCUCUAAGCCUCCUUCCUCUCUCAGGGGGUGGUGCCAUGCUGUUCCAUUAAAGCAGCCUUCUGCUGAAACGCUGGGAAGUUGCUGAUUUCACCCAGGAAAGGUAGAGGGCUUGGAGCUGUGUAACAGUGUUUUAUUCUAUGGCUAUAUAUUUAAAAAAACUGUAGUCUUUUUAAUAAAAAAGUUUAAAGAUGUGAACUGUGAUACCUCUUCACUUCUUAGCCUGACUCGCAGAAGCCUCAGCUUGUGUCUUUGCUUCCCCAAAUGCCACAAUAUGUUAAAAUCUGGCAGUUUGUAUCUCUGGCCUUAGAGACUGUUGCCCUAAUUAUUCUCUUUCCUGGGCUAGAUUUCUCUGAAAUACAACUAUUGCUGGGUGGGUGAACGCUGCUAACUAUAAUUGCCACAAGUAAGCAACAUACUUUAGCAGAAAAGAAGAGUACUAUGUGAGUAUCUGGUUUUACCUUCUGCCCAUUCUUGAACCUAGGGUUUUUUCCUCAUUUCUGGCCUAGAAUUUUUCCACACAGGGUUUUUCCUCUUUUCUGGCCCCAUACUGUUCUAUUUUCUCCCCUGAUUCCAGUACACAUUUUUGUGCCUUUUAGUUUUUGCUUUGUGUUUUUCCUGAGGUUUUUCCCUGGUUCUUUUGGCAUCACUAUUACCUUGCCUUUUUCCCACUGGAAGCUGAUUUUGUGUCAUUUUUUUUUGUGCAUAACAUUUUUUUCAGUAUUCUUUGUCCUGUCCUCCUACCCACUUCCAACCCACCUUGUGAUGAUUGGACCGUCAUCAUCAUCAAACUGCUUCCUCUCCUCCCUGCCUUGAAUACUAAUGGUGUUGGAGAUAUAUAUAUCUUCAACACCAAGUGGUGCAUUUUAAAAGCUCUUCACAUAUGGUUUAUAAACGGAUGAGUGGGAGAGCUGCUCCAUUUUUAGUUUUCCCUGUGCAAAGACAGGCAGGCAUGGGGUGGGGGUGGGGCUCACAUCAACUCUCACCAAUAGCCUAGUCUGCCUGGGAAUGCUAUUCCCCACCCCCACCCCCAGCCUUGCAUAUGAAAAUUGAGCUCCCUUUUGUCCCCAUGUUCAUUUUCAAUUUUUUUUUAAAAUUCAGCCAUUACAUUGAUAUAAGCAUGUGCAGAAAGUAAAGAGGGGGAACAGUAGCACCCUCCCUUGAAAAUUCUGAUCAUUUAAGCAUGUGUGGAUGAAAAUCAACUCUACAACUGUAAAAAUGUAGAGGGAGGACAGGAGUAAGUGGAAUGUGCAGAAAAGCCCCUAGUUCUCACAAGCAGCAGAUGAAGUGGUAAUCCUGUGUGCUAUAUCACUUAAGACUGAAGGUAGGAGGGCCUUGCAUGAUGGAAUACUUCGUUCAAGUUUCCUACCCAAAGAAAACUAACAUGAAGGAGACUAAGCUAGAAUCCUCCCUGAUAGCCAGAUUGCUAGCAUUGCUCUCUUCUAUUCAUAUGAAGGAAUAUUCAAUCAUGCAAUAGCAGAUGAAUGCAUACUGGAACCUGUGAAAACUAGGUUCUCACCUCAUCAUUCUUUUGAUAGCUGUGCCUCUGCCUGCAUUUGCUCUAGCCUGGCAGUAGCGCUUAGUCAGGGCCCCCAGAGGCAUAGAUGAUCCUUGCCUUACUGCUUUAAUUUUUUGCACAGCUGCAACUAUGUUGGGAGCAUACAGUUAGACCCUCUUCCUUUCUAGAUUGAUUAGCAUGUGAAUGCAAACACUAUCAAGGGCAGAGUGCCUUCCAGACCUUGAAUCUUGCCAUGUCUGCUGUUGCCUCUGUGCUCAUGGUGCUGGAGAUCACAGCAGCCCGAACAGGCUGUCUUUACCUCAGCAGUUCCUCUUCCUGUCUCAGCUGUAGUCUUUCUGGGAGUGUAGGGUUAUCAGUUUCUUGCCUUAAAUAUUUAAAAAGAAAUUUGGAAUGGACCCUGAUUUCUGGUAGCAUUCUUCCUUCAUGUAUCCUUAGAAGUUAAAAGUUUUCAGGAUUGUAUGUAUUCUGUGCUCACAAAAUAAACUCUUGUAGCAUAGUAACCCAGUUUCUGUGAUCAGAGAAGUUGAAUUCUUUGACAUAUAAAUUAUGCAUGUUGAA